CGGUCGUGCGCAACAUGGUUGUUGAAGUGUAGCUGUUUUCAUCUGCCAGAUCAUUCGAUUCUGCUGAAGGGGGUUUGUGUCGUUUUGACAGCUGUAUUUAUAGCAUAUAAUAUAUAACUAAUCCAGCGGGCAAAAUGAAUAUACGCAACGCGCGGCCGAAAGAUCUGAUGAACAUGCAACAUUGUAACCUGCUGUGUCUUCCAGAGAACUAUCAGAUGAAAUACUACUUCUACCAUGGCCUCUCUUGGCCACAGCUAUCAUACAUAGCAGAGGAUGAGAACGGGAAGAUAGUGGGAUAUGUUUUGGCCAAAAUGGAGGAGGAUCCUGAUGAUGUGCCACAUGGACAUAUUACAUCACUGGCAGUUAAACGUUCUCACAGGCGUCUUGGACUGGCUCAGAAACUGAUGGAUCAGGCCAGCAGAGCCAUGAUUGAAAACUUUAAUGCUAAAUAUGUCUCUUUACAUGUCAGGAAGAGUAACCGGGCAGCUCUUCACUUGUACUCCAAUACACUCAAGUUUCAGAUCAGUGAAGUGGAGCCCAAAUAUUAUGCAGAUGGAGAAGAUGCUUAUGCCAUGAAGAGGAAUCUCACACAGAUGGCAGAUGAGUUGCAGAAACCAGGUGUGCAUCUGUGGGGCACAGAGGCUCCAGCGUCUCAGGACACAUGCUUGACUGGCCUGGUGGAGAAGCUGACAGUGCAGGAUGGAGAGAAGGAGGGAGAUGGAGACAGCGGAGGAGAGAGUAAAGAGAUGAGUGAAGUCAGCGAGGCCACUGAGAGCACAGACGUCAAAGACUCAUCUUCAGACUCUUAACUCACAUCUCAGUGUGUUCACACCCAUCUUUUAGGCUUCAAAUCGGUUUACACUGUUUAUAUGCACCUCUCGGUUUCUUUGGUUUGUUUUGAGAUUGCAGGAACAAGACCUUGUAAAAGCAGCUAUGAAACUAUUUGUGAGGAAAUUUGUCAAUAAAAUUGGAGAAUA